GAGGCCACCCGCCUUUAAAUCCACGGAGGAACGUACGGGGGCAGCAUGUAGAAGCAACCAAUAACGCCGGGAGAGGGGGUGGAAGCCGCCACGCUUCGCCGAAGCCCCCCUCCUGCCGUCCUACGUACGUACACCUCGCGUCGGCGCCAUGGGAACAGAGGUGCUCCGCCCGCACGACUGCCUCGCCCGCGCCCGCGACCACGCGAGGCGGCCGCUGCGCACCGCCGGCAAGACGGCUCCGGGCCAGAGCCAGGGCGCGCGGCGCGACAGGCGGGCCUUCACGCCGAGGGAGGUCCGGGUCAAGGUGGCGGUCGCGGACGCGUACGCGGGGCCGGCGUUCGCGGCCAUGUCGCCGUCGCCGCAGGCGCUACCUCUGCCGCGGUUCUCCUCGAGGACGGCCGGCGACGCGGCGGUGCCAGGCGUGGACGACUCAGCCACGCGGGAGCUCCGGCGGCUACUGGGCCUCCAUUGACGAGGAACCAGGCAAAUUGUAAAGAGCAAGACAGCCAUGAAUUCAGCUACACGGGGAUUAAGAUGUCUGGGUCUCUCUUCCAUCGAUUCCUUUCGAUUUCCAGCUAUGUUUCUUCGACGCUGCCGACGCCCAGGCCAUGGCGCCGGUACGACCGCUUCGAUUCGCCCUGCUUUGUCUGAUGUUUUUGGGAAGACAAAGGAGGGGAGAAGCGGCGGCGUCUGCAUGUGGUCCGGAACUGGUCGUCUGAGAAUCUGAGAGGGAGCUAACCAUGCUACAGGGAGAGAUAUUGGCGGGAACAUUUCAUGUGAUUCAGAUGUGGUUGAUUGAAUCUGAUUAAAGAAAAAUCUUUAGAUGUGCUUUUGCUACGAGCUUAAUGUAUGCUUGAAUAGAAUUCUCUCCCUUGCCUUCUAGAAAUUGGGACAAUUCCUUGAAUGCCAUAAAAAAAACUUCCGUUUUCUUGUAUGUCACUAAAUUUUUUGAAGUUCCUUGUAUGCCAUGAUUUUAUCUUCCUUUA